UUCACUGUACCAAAAUGGCGCUGCGGAUGGUUUGCCUCUCAGCGUUACGAACGGGCACGGAUUUAGGGGUCAAUAAUGCAAGAACAUUCGGGACUACAGCAAACCUAUGCCGCCGAAGGGCAGGUCCUCAAGGUCCAAUGCCAAAUGAAGACAUAGACUCCACCAACCUGGAGUCGGUAGAGAAAUACCGGAGUUAUACCCGGUACCUGAAGAGAGCUGAAGAGGCAAUGAAUUCACCGGCCUGGUGGAAAACUUACAGACAGUACCUAAAUCAAGAGGAUCCUCACCAUGGCGAGGAGAAAGUGGAUAUCGGGCUACCUCACGGACGGGCUCCCAGGGCCAAAGAAGCGAGGGAGCGGAAGAACAUUGUGAAGGAGAACAGAAAGAGUUUAGAGCUGGAGAGAGCCACCCGCCUACAAACAUUUAAGAUUCCCAUGGAGCGCGUGGAGGCGUGCUGGGAGGAGACCAGCUGGGCCUACCACGUCAAGAGGCUGGCGGAUCACCACGGGAUCUACAGGGAUCUGUUUCCCAGGGCCUACUUUGUGCCCCGAGUCAAACUCUGCAUCAGCUAUGGGCAGGACAACAGUGCCCAAGUGCAUCAUGGGAAUCAUCUAACCCCCACAGAGGCGGCUGUAGCUCCCCAGGUCACCUUUGAGGCAGAGGAGGGCUCCUUGUGGACUCUGUUGCUCACCAGCCCAGACGAGCAUUUACAGGAAUCCGAGGGAGAGUACUUACACUGGCUAGUGGGCAACAUCCAGGGAAGUGUGGUACAGUCCGGUGAAGAGCUGGCUUCCUAUCUGCCCCCGUUUCCAGCGAAAGGCACGGGUUUCCAGCGCUUCGUCUACGUGCUCUUUAAACAGGACCGACGCAUCGACUACCGGGCCCACGAGCCAAACCGGGCAUGUGUCUCACUGGCGGAGCGCAGCUUUAAGACAGUGGAAUUCUACCGGAGCCACCAGGACAGCAUGACUCCAGCGGGCCUGGCAUUCUUCCAGUGUCAGUGGGACCCCUCGGUCACCGACACCUUCCACAGCACACUCCACAUGAAGGAGCCUGUGUUUGAGUUUGUGCGUCCGCCCGUGUACCACCCUCCCCAGGUGAAGUACCCCCACCGCCAGCCACUACGCUACCUGGACCGCUACAGGGAGGGACACAAGCCCACGUUUGGGAUCUACUGACCCCACACUCGCUGAGAGCUGGAAGCACGAUCCAAGCUCAGAUCACUUUGUCGUUAUUUUAUGGAAGGUCACUCGGACAUUGCAACAAAGACGCAAUGGUUUCAUCUGUAAAAAUCUGCAGUUUUUUGGGGUGUGAAAAACACUUUCCCAACGAAGGACUUCACUUGAAAUCAAAAGGCACCGAAGUGUUAGGGCUGUCAAAAUGAGCAACGUCAAAAAGAUAUCAUUCUCAGUUAUAUGUAUGACAAAAAGGCUAUGAUAAAGCACUUUUCUACUGUAA